GCGGCGGGACGGGGUGAUGGGGAGGGGAUUGGAGGAGCAGAGAGAACAAACAGCCCUGGGAGGGGUUACCCGAGGAGUUCUGCUGAGGGUCGAUCGCAUUUUGCCAUUUAAGAUCGCAGCAUGGAGGGAAGAAGGGGGGAGUAAGGUAUCCUCGUUGUUUCUCCGUAAAAAUAAUAACAACAGGGAUUUUUAAAUGAUGUUUUCCCUCUGAUGGCUGCGGUACAGACAGAGAAGAGAGCUCUAUUUAUGGGUUCGGGAUGCUGUUUCCUACUGCUUCCCUGCUUGCCCCACUCGCCGUGCCGUGUUUCUUGCAGCAGCACGCCGGGAUGCUCUGCCCGCUCCGCAUGCCCUGCUCAGUGCUUAUUUUCUCCCGCAGAGUUUGGCUCUGUGCGAUUCAGUGCAGCUUCCCCGCUUCAGUGCACGGCUGAGACAAAAGCAAUGUCAGUGCGUCCCGCACGGAGCUCUGUGUGCACGCCCAUCUCUCCCCGCUCUGCAGCUCUCUGCCCCAAAGCCCGGAGCACGCAGAGCGCAGCGCCGAUAGCUCGCUCUGCCGUGUAACUGCGGUUAUCGGGCCGUAGGAAAAGGAAGAUGGACCGAAAAUAACGCAGGUGAGAUUUGAAGUGCUCAGACCCGUGCUUUACACGGCAUCGUGACUAAGGAGAUUCAGUGCCAGCCCCGAGGGAAAGAAGGCUUCCCGACAGCCAGCCCUGUGGGCAGCCUAAGCAGAGGGGACUGAUUCUGCUGUGACAGAGCACAUCUAUUCUUAGGUUAAUUGUUAUUUGUUUUAAGUUUAUUCCAGUAGCUGAUGCAUGGAUAAGUGCCAGGGAUCCCCAGAGAGCAGCGCUGCCUGACAGCAGAAAUUUGCCUGGUCCUGGAUAGCCCUCCUCUAUGGCCUUGGAACCAAGAAAGCAUCAGUGCAAAAUGGGAGUAACGAUGUCCCUAGAUGAUGUGUGACCAAACACAAGGGGAGUACUCCCCACAUGACCAUCAAGACCCCAUACAACCCCAUGCAAGCGUAGAUAGGCAGGAAAGCAGCCAGAAGGGGAUGGAGCAUCAUGCUUGUUUAACCCAAUGCAUCUGUAGGCACUUAUAACUUUAAUCUACUCACGUGCUUCAAGGUAGUGAGUUAGAGGGGUCCCGAGGCCCUUAGGUCAGGAAUACCCCCCACGUUAUGCUGCACCUGCCUUUCAGAUAAACAUAUUUGUUUUCCCUUUUCUUUUUUUCUAAUGCAUUUGACAUCAUUGGUAACAGGAGAGCCCCUAUCUGGUGGAACAGUGCAUUACCACUUCUUUUCCCCUUUCUCAGAAAGCUUCAUCCAGGGUGACCAAGGAUGGAGUCCCUCCCUGAAGCGGUGCUGAUCAGAAUCCUGGCUUCCAUACCUGCAGUGGAUCUGGUGCUGGCGUGCCGCCUGGUCUGCUGCCAGUGGAAGAACCUGAUUGAUGGAGCUGCUCUUUGGAUCCUGAAGUGUCAGCAGGAAGGCUUUGCUGGAGCAGAGUCAGAGGAGAAUGCGGAGAACUGGCAAAACUUCUACUUCUUGAGUAAGAGAAGAAGAAAUCUCAUCAAGAACCCCUGUGGCGAAGAAGACCUGCAGCACUGGGGAGAGGUAGAAAAUGGAGGUGAUGGCUGGAAAAUUGAAGAGCUCCCUGGGGACUUUGGAAAAGAAUUCCCUAGUGAAGAAGUCCAUAAAUACUUUGUUACAUCUUAUGAGUGGUGUAGAAAGUCGCAGGUCAUCGACCUUAGAGCUGAGGGCUACUGGGAAGAGCUGAUGGAUACAACCCAGCCAAAAGUUGUGGUGAAAGACUGGUAUGCAGGACGCAGUGACGCCGGCUGCCUCUAUGAGCUGUGUGUGAAACUGCUGUCAGAGAACGAGGAUGUGUUGGCCGAGUACAAGACUGAGACCAUUGCUAUCCCAGAGGACAAUGAUGCCAGCUGGACUGAGAUCUCCCACACCUUUUCUGACUAUGGUCCUGGGGUCCGCUUUGUCCGCUUUGAGCAUGGUGGCCAGGACACACUGUUCUGGAAAGGAUGGUAUGGUGUACGUGUUACCAACAGCAGCGUAACAGUGGAACCAUAGUCAAGCUGAACUGGGGCCUGCUUGCCAGAGCUGACUUCCCUCAGGCCAUCCCAUGAGCUUUGGAUGGAUUCUGCAUGGUGCUGCUUCCAGGCUGUAGAGCAUACGGCUCAGUUAUGAAUGUGCUUGGCAGAGACCACCAUCCAUCCCUCCUUAAGGGUACUAUGCAAAGAAUAGGAACAGACUUAUGAAACCACCUUACGAUCAGUCUCACCCUUUGCACUGAUGUUCUCUGUCACAUGAAAUCACCUAGCUCUGGAGAGGUAUCACUGCAGCUGCCAACUCCAUGCCUCCAGCCCCACGUGCCAUUGCCUGCCUUACCUGAGCGUGGCGCUAAGCAGUGCUCUGGAUCUCCAUUUCGAUUCUGGGUGAUGAUAAUGCCAAGCAAUGGGGAUUGGAUCCCUUUGUCCUACAAUGCUCUCAACAUCCCCUUGCAGAGGGAAGUGGUGGGAGCUGAAUUCACUGCAGUAGCAUUGUGGUCAUUGGUUGAUGGUUGGACUUGAUGAUCUUAGAGGUCAUUUCCAACUUUAAUGAUUCUGUGAUUCUCAAUGGGGCUUCAUUUGGCUCCUAAAAAGCUGAAGAUAAUUGCUGGGAGAGAGACAAGGACUUAAGGAAACAGAAGCAAAUUGAGGAAGGGGCCCAGGAGCAAAAAUAACGCAUCUACCCCUUCCUGGCCUCUGCAUGCUUCAUGCCAAUCUAGUACUGCUCCUUGCAGGCAGGAGAUUCAUGCAAUAUUCUUCACACAGAAACCUGUCAUUACCUCCAUUUGAUCUCAGUCCUUCCUGCCCACUAUGUCUGCAGAAAGUACAUGUCUGCCUUUACUGCAGAUGCUUACCAAGACAGCACUUUGUAUGUACACCCACUAGUGCCUCUUGCUGUCACUCAGGGCUGUAAGCCACCAUCCUGAACACAGGUAUCUAAGCUUACCUGAGCCAAGCCUGUCCCCAGCUGCCUUGGACACAGCCUUCCAAACCACAGCCAAGCCAGAGUCCGAGCAAACAUAAUAAAAGGAGCUGUAUGUGGA